AUGUGGGGCUUUCAUGACAGAGACCUCAUGCUUCGCAAAUCUCUCUACACUUUGAUGGACAAGGGUGUGGAGAAAGAGGCGCUGAAGCGGAGAUGGCGGUUUCAGCAAACUAUGCAGAAUAAAGAGUCCGGCCUGGUCUACACGGAGGAGGAGUGGCAGAAGGAGUGGAAUGAUUUAAUAAAGCUUGCCUCCAGUGAGCCACGGAUGCAUUAUGGCACCAAUGGUGGCAGCAGUGGAGGGAUCGACAGCUCGGAGGAGCCGGUGUACGAGAGCCUGGAGGAGUUUCACGUCUUUGUACUUGCACAUGUUCUUAAGAGACCCAUUGUGGUGGUGGCAGACACCAUGCUGAGGGAUUCUGGUGGAGAAGCCUUUGCUCCAAUACCCUUUGGGGGCAUCUACCUUCCCCUGGAGGUCCCACCCACCAAGUGCCACAGCUCCCCGCUUGUGCUGGCGUAUGACCAAGCCCACUUCUCUGCCCUGGUGUCCAUGGAACAGAACGAGCAAAGCAAGGAACAAGCUCCUUUCAUCCCUCUGACGGACUCUGAGCACAAGUUACUUCCUGUGCACUUUGCAGUGGAUCCUGGCAAGGACUGGGAAUGGGGCAAAUACGACUCCGAUAAUGUCCGACUGGCAAGCGUCACAUUAUCUCUGGAAGCCAAGUUAAAUUUGUUGCAUAAUUACAUGACGGUCACCUGGCUUUCUCUGCCAUGCGAGACGCAGGCUCCUCUCGCCCAGCCGGAGUCACCAACGGCAUCUGCUGGGGACGAUGCGAGGUCUGCCGCAGAAUCUGGAGAGUCGGACAAAGAGUCUGUGUGCAGCAGCUCGGCAAGCAAUGGAGGCAGCAAGAGCGGAAAGGAGAAGGACAAGGAAAAGGACAAGUCCAAAAAAGAGAAAGAUAAGGAGAAAGACAAGAAGAGAGCCGAUUCAGUGGCCAACAAGUUGGGCAGUUUUGGCAAGAGCUUGGGGAGCAAGCUGAAGAAGAACAUGGGAGGACUGAUGCAUAGCAAGGGCGGCAAGUCCGGCAUGACCAAUGGACAGGGCGACACGCUUGAAAAGAAAAAGAAGGGUUCCCUCAAGGGUCGGAAAGGGAGCAAAGAAGACUCCUCCCAAGGGGACUUGUCUACGUCAUCUGAGAAAUCUUCCGUCAAAUCCACAACUGACAAAAGCCAGGGCGACCCUUACAAGUACAGUAACGAUGUCAAGUUGAGUCUCAGCAUCUUACGGGCGGCCAUGCAAGGUGAGCGCAAGUUUAUAUUCGCCUGCCUGUUAAAAACUAGCGAUCGUCAGCCGUACCAAAAGCAGAUGAUCCAGAGGUAUCUGGCCGAUGCCCAGGAGAGGUUUGUAGCGGAGCAGAAGCAGCGAGAGGCAGAGAAAAAGACUCUGAUGAACUGCGGCGCAGCCAAGCGGUUGGAGCAGGACAUGUUGCAACCUAAAGGAGACGAUUUGCUUCCGUUGCCCACCUACGCCCAGGCAACUGGUAACUAUGGAAUGGCGGGCAUGGACUAUGGUGUGGGCGUGAAAGGAGCACUACCUUCCAGCUACUCUGGAGGAUUUACCAUCCCG